UCAAGAAUUGUUAAUCAUCUGCAUGAACAUUACUUUGGUUUCCGUGAUCGAAGGAGCGACAUCGGGCAUCGGCGCGGAAACGGCGAGAGUGUUGGCCAAACGAGGGCUGAGACUGGUGAUCCCGGCGAGGGAUCUGAAGAGAGCUGCUGAAGUCAAAGACUGGAUUCAAGGAGAGAGUCCAGAGGCAGAGAUCAUUCUGAUGGAGAUGGAUCUGAGCUCGUUUGCUUCCAUCAAUAGAUUCUGCUCCAUGUUCUUGUCUCUUGGAUUACCACUGAACAUUCUCGUAAACAAUGCCGGGAAAUACUGCAAGAAGUUGCAGCUCACAGAAGACAAAUUUGAGAUGACCUUCGCCACCAACUACUUGGGUCACUAUUUACUUACAGAGAACUUGUUGGAGAAGAUGAUUGAGACAUCAGCAAGAACAGGAAUCGAAGGACGGAUUGUUAACGUGUCAUCAGUGAUACAUACAUGGGUGAAACGAGGAAGAUUCAAGCUCUCCCACAUGCUCAAUCCCAAGGACUUCAAUGGCACGCAAGCUUAUGCGCAGUCCAAGCUGGCCAACAUAAUGCAUGCCAAGGAGCUGGCAAGAACACUGCGAGGAAGAAAUGCAAUGGUGACUAUCAAUGCAGUGCAUCCAGGAGUAGUGAAGACUGGAAUCAUCAGGGAUCAUAAGGGCUUGAUCACAGAUUCGGUGUUCUUCCUGGCAUCAAGGCUACUGAAAUCGACAUCACAGGGAGCAUCCACCACUUGCUAUGUGGCUUUGAGCCCACAGCUGAUCGGCGUCUCCGGGAAGUACUUCGUGGACUGCAACGAGACUUCUUGCUCGAGUCUAGCGGGCAAUGAGUUCGAAGCUCGAACUCUGUGGCAGAAGACGCAUGCGUUAGUUCGUGAUCAUGUCAGGCAAACGAGAAGAGCCAAAACUUAAUGUGUUAUAU